AUGACCAACGAGAACGUCUCGACAGCUCAGCGCGAAACUCUUUUGGGCCUGACUGGACUGGUGGCAGCGGCCUUGGCAGGAUAUGCUGCCCUGUACCUGGCAAUCGGAGGGCCCUUUGCGCCGGGAGGUGCCCUGUGGGGUCUCUGCGUGCUGUGGGUCACCGGCCAUGUGGCAGGCUACAUCACAGCCAAGUGCCGCCUGCCUCCGCUGCUGGGCAUGGUUCUGGCAGGGCUGCUGCUGAGGAACACUGGAGCGCUGACAGCCGAGGGGGUGCCAUUGGAGCUGUCAGGGAAGGUGAGGUGGGCAUGCAUGGCGCUGAUUCUGCUGAGGGCGGGACUUCUUGUCAAGCUGCGCGCAUUCAGAACAAGGGCAUUGAUGGUACUGCAAUUGGGCGCACUCCCCUGCAUUAAGGCUGCCACCACCUAUAGCGCAGUCCUGGGGUUGCUCUUCAAGAUGCCUCCGCUGUUGGCGCUUGCCGGUGGCUUUCUUCUGGCGCCGGCGUGCGCGCUGUCGAUGUCCACCGACCUGCAAUCCCUGCAGCAGAGCGAGGAAGCCCGCCCGUCCAUGACUGCCGGCAUGCCGGAGGUGCUGACAGCCGCCAGCGGGGCGAGCAUCGCGUUAUCCACCCUUUUCGCGUCCCUGUUCUGUCUGCUGGCGUUCCCUCACGGUCCCCCCAGCCUGAUCUGGCUGCACCCGUUAGUCAGCGCGCUGACUGGAUGCGCGGCUGGCGCUGCAGCCGCUGCGGUGUGCUCCCAGCGCCUGUUCUGGCGCACCCCCUGGCAGCAGACUGUCAUCGCCCUGCUCGUAGCUCAGACCCUCGCCUUCCUGGGGUUCCGCUAUGAGUACUUUGGGGCAUCAGUUCUAGCGCUGCUGGUCAUGGGCUGCGGGCUGAGCAGCUUCUGGGAUUCUGCCCAUCCGCGACUGCUGACUCUUCCAGAGCCAGUCAGAGCCAAAACUGCGGAAGAGGUGGGCAGGCGACUGGACGUAAUCUGGACACUGGCAGCCGAGCCGCUGCUUCUCAGCUUGGCCGGCGCGUCAGUGUCUUUUGCGGCUCUGCCUCACAUGGCCACAGCAAAGUGCCUGGCCGCCGUAGCAAUCGGUGUGUGUGUCAAGUGUCUGGUCUCCUUCUUUGGCCUUUUUGGAACCAGUGUCUCAUUGAAGGAGCGGGUGCUCAUCACUAUCUAUACUCUCCCUCAGGCGUCGGUGACUCUGACAAUGUGCUUCCUGCCAAUGCAUUUGGCGGGGCAAUUUGUGGGCGCCUCGUCAGACAGCUUUGCCGAUUAUCACCGAUGGGCCGAUGUGCUGGCAAUGACUGCGAUGAUGGGUGUCAUCGUUGUGACGCCCCUUGCCAGCGUGGCAAUGCAACUGCUUGCUCCCCGGCUGCGGGAGGCGCUGCAACAGUCAGCUCCAGUGAGUCAACCCAGCGGCCUUGCCGGCGAGGAGAUGGAAGCUGCCGGGCAGCUUCCAGCGCGCAUCAAGGCGGCUGCCGGCCGCCGGCGCAGCGACAACCCUUUUGCUGAUGUGGUGCCGUUCGGCGGCAACACAUCAGCGCCAGCUGGCAACGCCGCUCCUUUGCUGACCCGCCUUGUAGCUGGAGGCAUAAAAAUCCGCAGCGGCGGAGAGAGAACAGGCAGCAAAAGGCCGUCAGAUGAAGAAUCCCAGCUACUGGAAAACAGUGAAGAGCAUCAGCCAUCUAGCUCAAUCUACAUUACAGCCGCGGCAGGCGCUCCUGAGAUUGAGCCAGAAACCUCCGCGGAAGGAAAUAGAGCACCUAAGUAUGACUCACUCUCGGAUGAGUCAGCACAUGCGCGGCUGUUGGGAUCGCACGAGACCCAAGAACCAUCUUGGAGCACGAGAAUUGAAGGCGAGGACACAAGUCAGCGCGAGACGGGGAAUCCCUUCGCGUCAUUUCUGGGCAACCCGUUCGGGCUGGGCAGGACUCUGUCCAAGCAUUUCGGCAGCUUCAGGGCAGCCGGCGGCUGGGUGUCCCCCGGGGCGUUCUCUGCGCUCAAGGAAACCGAGAUAGAGUUGGCGGAAGACCAGCCAACCGCCAACAACCCAAUGUACGACCCGCGCUUCCAGGACUAUGUGGUCAACACAACAGAGGCCUCCUUCCAUGCAAACCCCACAUUUGGUGCCGCUCCUCAGAGGAACCUUGCACCAGAUUUGCAUGCGUCAGAAGACAGAAGCAUGGACGUAGACAUGGAAAGAGAUGCUGGGAAUAUGGAGGAAGGAGGUGCACUGCUGGGCGCGCCAAAUCAGGCGGCGGCAGCUGACUGGACCGCGCUGAGCACGCUGCGGCGCAUGUCGGCGGCAUUAGUCAGCGCUGUGUCAGCGAACGCCAAGCGCGGCAGCGGCCAGCUGGCAGGGGAAUAUGAUAAAGCUCCAGCAACUCAGGAACCCCUGGAUAGGGACUCUUCAGUGCUCCAAAGACCCCUGGAUGGCCAAGGCGGCUGGCUGCCGAGUCUGGGAUUCCAGCAAAAAAGGACAUCAGAGAGCUUCCUGUCUGGGAACCAUGCAACGCGAACGCUGGAUAAUCUGGCUGGUACUCUCACAGCAGGGGAAGAGAGCGCGUCCAUGCGUGACAGCGGAGAUCUGAAUUUUGCAGUGACAGAUGGGUUUGAGCUGGAGGAGCUGCCCGGACGGGCACAUCGGCUGCCCAUCACUGGGCAACUUAGUAAUUAUUUGACAGAAAGGGUGGCGAUCAGCUUUGACUUUCUGGAAGACGGCACUGCAGAGCAAGCUGCCAAUAAAUCCGGCACCUCUGCGGUGCUAGAACAACAGGAAAAGGAGCGGUCAUCGGACUAUGCGCUGUUCGCACAGCUGUCGGCUGCGGCCGCAUCGGGGGAAGAGUCUGCUUCACGAUCAGCGCCCUUUGUGUUGGGCUAUGAAAUACCCUUUGACACCGCCACUGAGGUGGAGCCUGCUGAGCCCGCUGCGGAGGCAUCAGCUGCAGGCGGCUUCACAUUUGCGCAGCACAGCCCAAAUUUGAGCCCGGCAGACAUCAACCCAAUACCCUUCAUCACCCCUUCAGCAACCCUUCUCCGUCAGGGGUCAUCAACAGGCCACGUGCUGUCCACGUCAGACUCAUCCAGCGAUCCAAAUCAGGCCGCACAUCCGAAUUCAAGUUCGGCUGGCGCGCGGUCCAGUCUCUCACUGGAUAUUGACUCAGUGCAAGUGGAGCGACCAGGCGCUGGAAACAGCAAUUUAUUGUUUUCGCCUGUGAGCGGCUGGUUGGGCAAGGAGGAAGCUGCGCGGCAGCCGCCGCCCGAGUUCCAGCUUCCUGACAGCGAGGACGCUGCGCCCUCCUUGCUGGCGAGUGCACAGCAUGCAGAGUAUACACCGCCGCUGCCGCAUGCAGAGGUUAUAAAGAAGAGCCUGCAUGUACGUGUGCAUGCCUCAAAGGAGCUUGUUGGUGAUACCUCAAUGGAAUCGAUCGGCCUGGAAGAUCAGGAAAGCUUUGCGGCUGAACUAAUGACCCCCAGCCAGCAGGAGAAGACUGAAGCAGCAGCAGCAGCAGCAGUCAACUUGGAAAUAGAAGCUGAGAAUGAGCAGCAGGGUUCAGAGGAUAGAGGCUUUGAUGAGGAAAUAAGUUUCAGUGGGGCAGAAGCUUCUGCUGAGCUGGAGGGUUUCGACAGCAUUCCCCUCACGCCCAAGCCAGACGGGGGCGAUGACUCGCUGGACAGCCAGGGUGUAGGCCCCGCAGGAGCAACUUCUGAAAGUGGUAAAAUCCUUGGUGACAUCAUUUCUCUGGCAGAAGAGGAGAUUUCCCUGCAAGAUGACAAUGUUGAGGAAGAACGACCUGGCGAUCGACCUCAUUCAGCAGGAGCCGCUACCUCUGACAGCAAUGCUUGGAUUGGUCAGCCAGCAGAUGACGCAGCGAGUGACGUCAGCAUUGCAUGGGCAGAUCAAGCAGCAGACGUUGUCAUGAGCGACGUCGUCAGCACUGGUGAUCGCACUGCAGCAGGCAUGGAAGAAAGCACGCCAGAGAUUGAGAUCAAAAGAGCAGAGAGGCCACGCUCGGCCAGCCGAUUCAGGGAGGGACUUUCAUCAAUGAGGGCAGUGAAGGAAGCGGGAAGUGCUACAGUUGGAAAAUUCUCAUCGCUACCAAAGUCACUGGGCCGGCUUGUCAGGCACAGCGUGUCUGGCGGUGCAAAUACGGCGGCUCAGACACCCGGCAAGGGCACCAGAACAAGCUCGUUCAGGAACCUGCUGCGGCCUCUUAGCUCCAGAUCAGUCGACUCAUCUGCGCCUUCAAACAGCCGUGCACCUGACCUUUAUGCAACUGUGCGCCCUAGCAGUCCCCCUUCAUUAGUGACGGAGGAAAGGGAGGAAAAGGGGCUGGGUAAUAUGGACAACCCUGUGGCUGAGUCAUGGCUCAGGAAGGCGUAUAGCAUCACAUCGCCCCGGCCGACUGAUCAGGAUGACCUGCCGGUCCUGGAUGUUCCCUCCACCUCAGAUGUGUGGAGCAAGCUGGCUGACACAGCAUCUACUAGCCAGCCAGAGACAGACGCCGGCAUGGCUGUGACAUCCCAUUUCAGCAGCGCAAAAAGGUAUUCCGAUGUGGACGCAAAGUCUUCUGCCCUUCUUCGCGCGCAGGGCAGCAUCAAAGCUUACCGGCGCACGGACAGUUCCCAUAAGUCUACAGAGCUCAGGCCGCCUCAAAGCGCUGCGGCCGCAGCGCAGGGCAGCACACUUGCUGUUGGUGGGGAUGAGUCAGAGGAGUGGGACUUUGAAGGGGAGAUUGAAGCUGCCUCGCCGAAGGGCCCAGCCACAUUUGGGAAAGUGCCACUGGACUUGAGGGAUUUUAGAAAGCCAGAAUCUUCGGAGGCUGGAGGUUCAAUUGUAUUAGAGGAUGUGUCAUUGCAAGAGGAGGGAAAGGGAGGCAAACGGAAGCGAUACUUUGCCCGCAAACUGCGCCAUGACAAUUAG